AUGGCGAUGCAAGUGCAAGGCACGAUCCUCGAUGUUCUCAAGAAGAAAAUGCGACAGACUAAAGAGGAAAUGGAAAAAUAUAAGGACGAGUGUGAUGAGUAUCAGAAACGGUUGCAAGUGGAAGUGAUGCGACGUGAGGAA